GUUCCAUACAUCAAGCAGGUGACGUAGGUGGAGAGCGUUACUAAAGUCAUCUGAUUGUUGCCAAUCAUCUCUGUAACAGAAAUACAAGAGGACGCAUCAUCAUGUUAGACUUUGCCAUCUUUGCUGUGACAUUCAUUAUUCUCCUUGUUGGUGUACUGAUAUACAUUUAUCCAACAUCUCCUCCAAAGGCUACAACUGUACCAGGGCUUGAACCGUCGGACCCGGUGAAAGGGAAUUUAGAUGAGAUAGGUGAUGCCGGCAGUCUUCAUCAAUUUCUGGUGAACCUUCAUGCUGAGUAUGGAGACAUUGCAUCGUUUUACUUCACCGAUCAACUCUGUGUCAGCAUCAAGUCCCCAGAGCUGUUUAAAGAACAUCAAGCGGUCUUUGAUAGGCCUCCUCUCCUGUUCAAGUUGUUUGAGCCUCUCAUCACGCCAGACAGCAUCCAAUACGCCAACGGCGCAGACGGUCGUAAAAGACGGGACCUCACCGACAGAUGUUUUGGAUUUCAAGCUCUUCAGAACUUCAUUGAAAUUUUCAAUGAGAUCACAGAGCAGCUGGUGGAGAAGAUCUCAUCCCUACCUCCCGGGGAGCACAUCGCACUACACGAGACGGGUCUUAGUCUAGCCAUCAAGGGAAUCAUGCUGACAUCUUUUGGGGACUAUUUCAAGGACGACAAGAGCAUUAAUAACUUCAGGAAGGAUUAUGAUCUUGUCUGGAGUGAGAUGGAAGAGAGACUGAAAGGCGACAUUCCAGAGGAGGGAAGUGACCAAAUGAAGAGGUUUGAACAAGCCAGGGAUAGGCUGUAUUCCAUUGUCCAAAACGUGGCCGAUCAACGGAGGGCUAAUCCUCCCAGCCAAGAUAAAGAAGUUUUCAUCGACGUCCUUCUCAAAUCAGACUAUCCACAAGGCAGGCUGCAGGCUGACAUGAUUUCAUACAUGGUCGGAGGGUUCCACACUUCGGGGAACUUGUUUGCUUGGGCACUGUUCUUCUUAGCAGAACAUGAUAAGAUCCAGGAAAAACUGUACAACCAUGUGAUGGACAUCGUGGGCAAGACUGGACCGGUCAGCAUGCAAGACAUUGCAGAAAUGACGUACAUGAGGCAGGUGAUAGAUGAAACCCUUCGAGUCUCAAUUCUUGCCCCUUACGCUGCCAGAUACCAGGACUUUGACGUUACCCUAGGAGGUCAUGUGAUUCCAAAGGGGACUCCAGUAAUUCAUGCCUUGGGCGUCUCCUUGAUGUCUGAGAAGUACUUUCCAAACCCCAAAGUGUUUAAUCCGGAGAAUUUCUCUGCGGCUAACAUUAAGAGUCGCCCUCGCGAUGCAUUCCAGCCUUUUGGCUUCGCUGGCCGACGGGUGUGUCCGGGACAGCAAUUUGCCUACAAGGAAGUGGCCAUCUUCCUGGCGGUCUUCCUACGUGCCUUCAAGAUCGCCUUAGUCCCGGGUCAAAAACCGCAUCAUGUUCACGGUCUGGUCUCGCAUCUUGUCAACAAAGAUGGCGGGGACGUCUGGAUUACAGUUGAAAAACGUUGAGAUCCAUCAGUUUGUAAAUCUGGGGGGUGUUUCUCGAAGAGUUAGUAUGAUUUAGAGAGAUGCUUUUGUACCGACGUGCACAUGGCUCAUAAUGUGCGAUCUUAUUGAUUAUACGUAGUAGCGCGUAUCCUCUUAGCUUGACUUGGCAAAUGCAGUGAUGCCUUCUGGAGUGGAGCGUUGUGGCCCAGUGGAUUAGUCUUCUGACUCUGAAACAGAGGGUCGUGGGUUCGAAUCCCAGCCAUGGCGUAAUUUCCUUCAGCA